CAUUUGGAUUUCUGGGUUUUUCUUUCUUUCUUUCUUUUUUUUUUUGUGUGUGAUGAAAGUUCAAGAAAUGAUCUUUUUGGGAUAUUGGUCAAUAGUAGGAUGGGAGGGCUGGAAAAUGCAUUCUUGACAAUCCAUGGAAUUUAGGAUUCGAAUAGAAGGAAUGAGUGAUGGGGAAGAAAUUUGAAAAAGAAGAAGAAUAUUCCAUUGGAAUUUAAAGUUGACUUUCCCAGCUUUGAGCUGUUUCUUCUUUUAAUCUUGUACAAGGUUUUGGCCAGCCAAAUUUCAAGUUCUGAUCUUUCCUGGAAUUGACAAAACAAAAGUAUUCAUAAUUUCAGAAAGUUCAUCUACAUAACUCUUGAGGGGAUUUAAUGGUAGAUGGAAAACUAUGAUCGCAUUUGCAUUAGUGAUUCUUGUUAGUUUUUUUUAUUAUCAGGAAGUUGGUAAAGUUAAAAUUGUUUUAUUUUUGUUUGGGGCAUGAUUUGUGUACUAAUGGUCUGGUGUGUUUGGUGCUUGGAAAUGGGUUCUUGUUAUUUGCAAGGUUAAGAUGGUUUUGAUGAUAUGUUGUAGUGAAGCCUAGGCGCUAGGCGAUUGUCUAGUGGUGUGCUUCCUCUGCCUGCCGUGUUGUUCUGCUUCGAGUUUUAAGUAAAUGGGCUGUUUUCAAUCAACUGCGAGGAAACAGUUUCCUGGAUAUGAAGAUCCGAUAACUCUUGCUUCACAAACAGCUUUUACUGUUAGUGAAGUUGAAGCAUUGUUUGAGCUAUUCAAGAGCAUUAGCAGUUCUGUGAUUGAUGAUGGGCUGAUAAAUAAGGAAGAAUUUCAAUUGGCAUUGUUCAAGAACAGGAAGAAAGAAAAUCUUUUUGCUAAUAGGAUUUUUGAGCUCUUUGAUGUGAAGCAUAAAGGUGUUAUUGAUUUUGGUGACUUUGUCAGAUCACUCAAUGUUUUCCACCCGAAUGCUGCACAGGAUGAUAAAAUUAAUUUUUCAUUUAAGCUUUAUGAUUUGGAUGACACGGGAUAUAUUGAACGACAAGAGGUUAAGCAAAUGCUAAUUGCUCUUUUGUGCGAGUCCGAGAUGAAGUUGGCUGAUGAAACUAUUGAGAUCAUAUUGGAUAAGACAUUCAAUGAAGCUGAUCCAGACCGGGAUGGUAAGAUAGAUAAAUCUGAAUGGCACAACUUCGUGACCAGAAACCCUUCCUUGCUCAAGAUAAUGACACUCCCUUACUUGAGGGAUAUAACUACUACGUUCCCAAGUUUUGUGUUUCAUUCUGAGGUUGACGAGAUUGCUACGUAGUUAGGGCACGAUCCUUUUUAGCACUCUAGUGUUCCUUGUUCGCCAGUUAUUUUAAGUUGCGACUCACUAGGAGCAGCCAUUUGUAUGAUGGAGGAGGGUUCAGUCGAUACCAGUGAUGCCUUAUUUGACUGAGAUGGUUGUGCCAUUGUUCAGCGAUUCAUUGUUCAGCUAUUCACUGUAUAUUGUGUUCUGAAUGGAAUUUUGUAGCCUGAUUUACUGUUAAUGGAGUUCACUGAUAAUAAUAUGCUUG